AUGACAGAAAUUUUGGGUUUACGACGUCAAUCGACAGGGAAUGAAGUAAUUAAUUCAAUUAAAAUAAAGAAUAAUAAUUAUCGUUCAUUCACUCAAAGUGCCCAUCAAUCUAUAGAAAUUUGUGAACAAUUCAAUUCCUUCAAAGAAGAAAAUAAAAUAAUUAAAAAUAAUAAAAAUACUUCCUCACUUCCACAAAUUGAAAUAAAUGGAGUUAAUCAGGAAAAGGAAAUUAAUGAGGAAAAAAAAAACAAUUCUGAUAUUCAACAAAAUACAGAAAUUAAUUUAGAAAUUAAUUCUUUAAAUAAUCAAAAAGGAGAAAGUGAAUGUUCUUCAGCAAUCCCUUUAUAUUUUAAACAUAAAGCCCAAAAAGUUGAUUCACGCAAAAUAGCUGCCAAAAAACGUCUUGAAAGGGGCCAAACGACUAGCGGUUCUGAUAAUUCUUCACAAAAUGCCAAAAAAUCAUCAUUCUCAGAAAGAACACUUGCCAAAUCAUUAGAUAAUAAAUACACAGACAAUAAUUUUUUAUUUGAUUUGAAACCUUUACAAUCAAAUAUAAAAUGUUCUCCCAAUCACCAUUCACAACAACGUUUGGGAAGUGUUGGAAAUGUUUUUGGAUUAAUUAAUUUAAAUAAUCGUUUAUUUUCCUCGAAUAUUGAAAUUAAUAUUUUAAAUUUUGAGCAAUCAGAAAUAAUACAAAAAACUUGGUUAUUAGCUAAUGAAAAAAUUAGACUUUUUGCUGGGCCAGAUAGAAGCUUUGCUUUGCUUUACGUUACUACCUUAACAACUACAUUAAAAACUAAUAAAACCAAAACAACAAUACCAGUGCUCAUAUUUCCGCCAGAACCAAACGAAAAAGAAAAGGAUGGAAUAAUUGAUGCGAUAAUUAUGUUUGCUAUACUUAUUCUAUUAAUUUGCUUUGCAAUUGUUGGUUAUUAUUUAAUUUACCUCAAUAAAAAAGACAAACAGAAGACGAAUUCAAAAGCGAUUUAAGUAUAAAUCCAGUAGUUAUUGUAGCUGAAGAUGAAGGUUUGGAUGUUGAUAAAACACAAGAAGAUGAAGAAACAAGUAGUGAUAAUGAAAAUUCUGAGGAAGUUGAAAUUGUUAGUGAGGGAACUAGUAAUAGUUUAAUGGUUGAUAAAACACAAAGAGAAGAAGAAAAACAAGAGAAGAAACAAAAGGAGGAUAAGGAUUUUGUUUUAAAAAUUGAAAAGAUGAAGAGGAUGGAAAUAUUGUUAAAGUAUAUGUACAUUAUUGUUGGUAUUAUAUUAU